AUGUCUUCGGAUGGACUCAAUGGACGUAAAAGAGUUGUCAAUAAGAAUGAAGACACAAAUGAAGAUAACGUGUCUCGAGUUGUGUCUCAAGUAGUGUCGUCCGAAAAACCACAAAAUCAAAGUUUUAAGAAUCGAGUGAUGAGUGAAACGGCGCUUUCGAUGUCUAUCCUUGUGAUGGUUUACUACACGACAACUCAAUACAAUGAUACCAACGAAGUAGUGAUGGCUUCGGCCACUCAAUCCAUAAGGGGUUCGCCGAUCGCACAGCAAGUGAUGUGUUCUCAAGACUACAACGAAGACAGAGUUCGGUUCCCUUCGUGUGCCCCUCAAAGGUGCGGACGUCUUGUGUCCGAUUCGAUGAUCACUGAAUCGGAGGCCAAACACUUGUUGUCACUGACGAAGAGAGACCUAUCAUUGGGCGGCUCUACGGGCGGCGCCUCUUUUUUCAGCUUAUAUUCGGGUGGCCUUUCGAUGGACACUAAUUACGUGAAUAUGUAUGAACUCAUUGAAAGAACGCAACGAAACGACGAGGACCUCAAAGAGCUGUUCCCCGAAAAAGACUUAGAAGUCUACAGAACUGUGCGGAACAGAGUCCGCAAAACGAUUGCCAGUCAUUUCGGCAUCACUUCGGGUGAGCUCUACUUAACGACUCCGACGACGUUCGUGAGAAUUACAGCAAAGAGACCGCACUUAAAGUACAACAUAUAUUAUCGCCGACACGUUGAUAAGCGGGCCCAUAGGCGCCUACACUUCACUUCUGUGCUCUAUUUGUCGACAUAUGGCGCGGACUUCUCCGGCGGACGCCUUAUAUUCACGGACGAGAUGUCGAACACAACAAUUGAGCCUAAGUUGGGACGACUCUCGGCGCUCACGUCCGGCACGGAAAACGAGCACUUCGUCGAGAGGGUCACCUCUGGGACCCGAUAUUCCCUGCUUUUUACCUUCACGUGUGACCCUAUGUUCGCACUCAUAGGUCCACAGAUUGGUCGACCGAAAACAUGCGCUCAACCAUUCUGUUUGUUGUAUGGAGUAGGAUGUCCAAGCUUGAACAUAAAAUGA